AUGGAAAUUUUGAAGCAGGCGACUCUUGCACCGAUGAUCAAAAAACAUCUCCCCAGUUUUCUACUUAAUUUCAUCGACAAAGACAAUGAAACUUUAAACACAUUCCUUUUGCAUAAUUCUUUUACUGAUUCUUGUGAAAAACCGAACAACAAAAUUUUCGAUCGGCUUGUACAAAUGGAACUCAUUUACAUUUUUCAUACUAAAAGUGAAAAAUGCAAAAUCAAACUUUAUCGAAAUUUCACGGAAAAUAUUAAUUUUUUGAUUGAUAAUAAAGAAUACGCUAGCAGCAGAAUUAAAAUUGAUAGUUACAAUAAAAACUUGGUGAAAUACUCCCACACUUAUGGUUAUCAUUGUAGUUAUUUAGAUGGUAACUCAUUCAACUACACUCUGCUGAACUCAGAGGAACAAACACAUGCAGACCCAAGGCAGGCGUACAACAGCAAUGACAUCUCACAUGCCAGUUACGACGAACCAACUGCAUCGUACAUCAACACUUUCAUCCUCACCUACAUCCCUUUAAUCAUCUACAUCGUCGGAGUCCUGGGGAACUCUUUGUCCCUAUCGGUCCUGGUUCGUAAGAGGAUGAGGAGAGUUUCCACGUACACGUAUUUGUCCGUGUUGUCCGUGGUGGAUACGUUGGUGCUGACGAUGGGACUGUUGCAGUUGUGGAUCGGCGAGAGAUCGAAUUUAGGCUGGCUGAGGGACCAGUCGAAUGUGGCCUGUAAGACUUUGAAUGUCUUCUCUUACUCGAUGAGUGACCUGUCAGUCUGGCUGAUCAUUGCCGUCACUGUGGAGCGAUUCAUCGCUGUUUGUCAUCCACUGAGGGCUGCUUCCAUGUGUCGCAGGAGGACUGCUCUCAAGGUGGUAUCGUUGUUGUUCCUGCUGCUGUUGACUGUAAAUGCCCAUUUUAUCUGGACUACAGAACUGAAGGAGUUUUCAGAAAUGUUUUCAACGUACGAAAUAACCGAGGAAGGCACGAACCUCUGCUCUUCCGUGAAGAAAAGUCGCUGCAUGGCUGCGGGAGGGCACGAGGACUUCAUACAAAAGUACUGGCCGUGGGUGGACGCGAUUUUUUAUUCCUUCCUUCCAUUCGUGGUGAUCAUCAGCCUCAACUGCAUGAUCAUCAGACGUGUGAUGGUUGCCAGGAGGAGGAGGUGGAAGAUGAUCAGCCAGUCAAGCGUCUCCGUCAAUCGCUCUGAUGCCACGUCUGCUCAUCUCCACCAACAUCAGCUGAACGCAAGAUUUAAAAAAAUAUUUCACAAAGAGCAAAAAGAAAUCUCAAAUUUUGGCUCUAUGGAAGUUUGCCAGAAACAACAAAAACAACAGUACCACAAAAGAAUUCCAAACAGUUUAUUAGAUGGAAUUUACUGCAAAUCAAAUAAUCAUUUUUGUAGCCCUAUCACAACAGCACAAAUAGCAGUUUCAACCACAGAAACAUUGCUAAAUCAAAAAAUUAAAAAUCCUCACUUCCCAGUUCUUUACUCUCCAGUUCUUUACUCGCCGCAGUGCAGCACCGCACAUGAACUUCACACUUUGCAUCACCAAACUAAAUUAAUUCACCAAACGACUAGUACGUUAUCAUUGACUGAUCGGACAUCAAGCAAGGAACAGAACGAAACGAAAUGCAUGCUAAGCAUCAUGUUGCUCACAAUCUCCUUCGCCUUCAUCAUCAUGACUCUGCCCCGGAACAUCUACUUCAUCCUCGUCUACUGGUCAAAUAGUCAUGCAGGCAGUGCAAUGCAUGAUGUGGCGAGUGGAAACAGAACUGAUGGUUACAACAAAAGUGAAAUUCUUGAGAAUGAAGAGUUUCGUACGCACGCAAACCUCCUGCUAGCUUCGACCCUCACAGAAAUGCUGAUGUUCCUUAACCACUCCUCCAACUUCUUUCUCUACUGUGCCACCGGUCAAAAGUUUCGAAUGGAGCUAAAGAAGAUGUUGUUUCCAUGGAAAUCAUGCUUGUCAUCAGCACUCUGCCGCUUGCUCUGCUGCUUUCCAAGCCGUUAUCCAAAUGUGGUCAAGAACAAAAACAAAAAUGCAGUUUGUAAAUACUGUAAAGAAACAGAAAAUAAAACUGAGGCCGAUAAAAAGAAUAGAUCUAAAAAUGAAAAUGCAACAAAGUGCAAUACAGUUCAACAACUGGAGAUGCAUGCAGUGGAAAGCGUUGAUGUUACAAGAAAAACUGAUGCUGGCAAUCUUCACGACCGUGACAUGCACGAUCUGUAACGCUGCUAUUCGUUAGUGCAUGUACAAUGACGAGAUAAAUUUUCGUGAAUAAUUUUUUCAAAUCACAACUGUCGUAAAACGUUAUCGCGGUUUUAUCAAUCUCCAAACAUUUUUAAUCACUUUUUUUCAAUUUCAACACAUUCAGCAAAAAGCAUGGAGACACAGACUUUCUGAAUAAUUAACCUUGAAAUAUUUUCAGCAUUUAUAUCGUAGAAUUUAAAACAAGUUAAUAAAGUUUGUAAAA